UCUUCCAGCAACGCUUGGCCCCAGCUGGAGGGGAGCGAGGGACGCUGAAGUUGUGAAACAGUUUUCCUGGAUAGAGUUACUUCGCAUUUAGAUGAAAAUAGAUUGAACACAGAGACCUGAAAGAUGACAGAGUGAAAACCUUUCCUCUUCCGAAGCUUUACAAACACUAAAAAGAGCAACAACAACAAAAAAAUAUAAAUAGAAUGCUUCAGUUUGGAAACCUCCUCACCCAUUUCCAUUUUCCCCAUAAAACUUCAGAAAGCACUCAAAAACAAACUUUAAAGCAGCUUCCAACCCAGCCUGACUUUUUACAACAUGUCAUAAAAGUCACUGGACUGAGGAAGGAAGAUGUGUAUUGCAAUCUUCGUGUUUCCGACCAGCUUCUAACAGCCAAAGACGACAUCAACAUGGUUAUCUUGACAGGUCAUGGGAUAUUCUGCAUGGAUCUAAAGCCCUGGAGUGGGACAGUGUAUGCUCACAACAAAAACUGGCAUGUGCAAGUAAAAGAAGAAUACCAAAACUUCACUAAUACUCGCAUUGAGCAGGUUGAUGAUCCCCUCAAAGCUGUCAUGAGCAAAACAGCCCAGUUAUGCAGUCAUUUGAAGAGGAGUGGAGUGCCAAUACGCAACAGUCUCUUCCUCCCCAGGGUCAUAUUUCUGUCGCCUGACUGCAAGCUGGAUGAUGAGUUGAGGAAGAGGAGGGAGCUGGUUCCUUAUGGAGAGAUAGAUGAGUUCCUGAGAACUUUCAAAGAAGGUUAUGUGGGCUGGAUAUCUGAUGCUUUGACUCCUUCCUGGAUUUCAGGGCAUCUGUCAUACAGGCAGAUAGAGUCGGUGCGUGGAGUCCUCAGGAAGAUGGGAACAUGGGAUCUGUUGCUUCUGCAUGGUGGGGAGCAGCUGAAAGGAGACUACUUGGGCUGCCAGUAUAUCGCUCUUGACCGCCAGGAUACUGAAACAUUGGAGUUCUCCAGAAUCAAGACCUUUUCUGCUGAAUCACUGUGGGCUCUGCUGGGUCACGUUCCUCAGGUAACAGUUAAAAUGUACAAACGAGGAGCUCAUGGCUGGCUGGGUAAAUCCCUCAACGCCACCGCCACCAUUCCCUCCAACACCUUAGUGAUUUUCAGAGUCAGCGGCGAGGAAGCAGAUGCCCAAAUCCCUGCAAGCAUUAUUCACAGCAUCACACUUAGCAUAUGACAAAGUGAAGAGACAAAGGAAAUAAAAUGGAAGCAUUCGGAAUGAAUCGUGAGCAAAUGCAAAAAAACAUUUGUUUUUUUUAUGAAUGAAUCUAACUGGAUUGUCUUUGUGUGAACGUGGUUAAAAAAAAAAUCCCAUUUGCCUUUUUUUCCUGCUUCAUUCUAAAAUUGAGCUUGAUGUUAAUGAGAUUCUUUUGACAAUUAGCCUGAUUAACUUUGUCAUCUUUUAUAUUUCCAGGGCCGGCCUCCACUUUGCAUGAGUUGUUAAUUAAUCAUUAUGCUUGCUGACUGGGUCACAUCAGUCUGAGCCACGAGUGUUUAAUGCUCUAAUCGUAGCUGUUAAAACAGGCAGCGUGUGGCUUGACAAGGGUUUCAGUGAGCUUACAGGACAUUAUUGACAGACUGUAAAUGUUUUUGAUGUAUUAAUGUGCUGAGGAGAGAUUCAUAUAUAGUUAGAGGCGCACAAGCUCACUUUGUGUUAUUGAGGUGUGGAAGUGGGCAAAAUGAUGCAAUGAUUUUAAAAUAUGGAGGGAAUUCGGUGAAACAGUAUAAUUAGGAAUCCCUUUAAUUGGCAUCUUUACAUGAAGCAUCGUUAUAUGUGGAUACGGUGUUUUAUCUGAGAGACUGUUUGGAAAGCAAAACCACUUGUCUUCAUUGGUUUAGACUAGGUCUGGGUCAGUUGAAAGUGUUGAAAUUCAAGACAAUAUUUUAAAUACUUACUUUAAAAAUAUUCAAAUAUUCCCUCAUGUCAUUUCUAUUGUUAAAGUUAUUUUAAUGUGCUGCUAGAGAAAGUAAAGAAGUGACCAAGGGUGUUACCAGCUGUUUGGAGAAUGACUAGAUGGAGAGAGAAUAAAAACCAAGAUGAAGCCAGCCAUUAAUAUUACUAGGCAACCCUGUUAAUAUAUUUGUACAAUUUGCCACCAAAUUACUCAAGUUCCCUUUGAUGGAAUUCAGUUUUUCAGACCAGUUCAGCCUAGCGCCUAACCUUAAUCUAAUAAUGAGUUUGUGGAUGGAGCUAAAAAAUUAGUGUGAUGGCUGAGAGAUCCUCCAACCUCUUGGCAUAAGAUGAAUAAUCAGACAUACAAUAGGACCCUGCAAUAACCACAUUGUUUACAUGCUUCAGUUUUAACUGAAUUUAUUAUGCACUGUGUAACUGUACAUGCAAAAUAUAAAGUGGUUAGAUUGUGGUAUUUUUUUUUUUUGUGUGUUUUGUUUUUUCAAGAGAUAUCAGUGUGAUUGCUCUGAAUAAGCAGUUUGAUGAAUGUCUUGUAUUCAAAAAAUAAACCCAAGUAGAAUCCAGAAGCAAAAGUUAAAAAUAUUUAGAGAUGGCUCAAAUAGUGAACAAUUAAAAAAUAAUAAGAUCACUUGAAGAAUGAUGUCUUUUAAUUGAAUUAUACUUUUUUAAAUACGAGUUCUUUUCAGUCUUUCUCUUCAGAUUUGACAUACCUUCAUGAUAAAGUAAUCACAGGAUGCAUGGGUUGUAAUUAUCUUGUUAUGCAGGUUGGUUUACGCUGUAUUAUGUGUUUUUAAGGAAUUUACAUGUUCAGUUUGUAGUGUA